AUGGUGCCGAAUUUGGAUUUGGAAACAGCUUUACAAAUAAUCUCCUCGCUGGAGACUCAAUUGAGCGAGCUUGAAAGUGCCACCAAGGAGUAUGAAAACGACUUAGAACAAGUCAUCUCUAACUUAAAAAGCGAUCUUCUUGAGAGCCAACAACAAAACAGGUGCAACAAGAAACAAAUAACGGAGUUAGAAAUACAGGUUGAUGAGUUGGAAAAUGAAAAUAUCCAACUAAGGAAUAAGAUAGAAACAUUACAAUUGGAGAGCGACCGACGACUGGAACGCAACGUUCUGCUGGAACACGAGUUACUCGACACCAAAGACGCGUUGCAGAGGCUGAAAGUCAACAAAGAAGAAGCCACUAGUGGAGAGACUAGAAGAAACAAUAGGCCGUUACCCAGUCAAAAUAAAAAGAUGAAGUUGUACAAGGAUACUAUCAAAGUCUCCACCACAUGUUCAACCUUAUACCUGCAGAACAUGACAAAAACUAACAAUACCGCUAGAAAUCACUGUAAUAUUCCAAAUACCCAGAUCACACAAUCCACCGUGAUAGCAACAACGUCUUCCGUUCAAUAA